AAAUGGCUAAUGUGCCAGCACUUUCAACAAACUACACUAGAACAUAACCUUACAUUAAAUAAAAUGGCAAUAAUAUUUUCCUUUUAGUAAUAAUAGUAGCAAGUACAAUCGAAAAAAUAAUUAAAGAAUGGAUAUGUAAUAAACCCUGAACAAUGUCUUUUUUUAUUGGUUUUGAUUCCCAUAUAAGCCAGAAAAGGAAUUGCAGAAGAUCAGGGCCAACAGCAGGAUUCAAACCCACGAUCACGGUGUCUACAAACUGAGAGUCUAAUAUGUGAACCACUUGGCUACCGAGGCCCCCUGUAGAAUACAUCAAUGGCAAAUCUGCUUACCUCCAUGAAACAUCUACCUGAACCGGUAAUGUAUAAAACUUAGAACUAACAAGAAAAUUUCUCACUGGGCAAGAAAGGAAGAGAAUAGAAACGAACAAUUUCUACAAUUUCAAGUACAUGCAAGUCUAAAAACUGGAAUUCUUAAAAUACCAGGACUAAAAUCAUCAAUGUAGAUCUACAUUUUAACAGGCAGGAAACAACUGUACAACUCUAAACCACCUCACCUCUACAUAACCCAUUGAAUUUUCAUUUCAAAAUGUGCAAGAUCCGUCAAGAAAAAUUAGAAACAACGAAACACCAGACAAAACCAAAGUGAUAUCAACUGCUGGUACAUUGAUGAACUAGAACACAAAGAAUACAGGGGCAGGAGUAUUCAGCCCUGAAACCAAAUACUAAAAAUCCAUGGGAAAGUACAUGGGUAUCCUCCAGCCUGAAGUCCAUGCAAUCGAGAGAAGUUCAAACUGAAUAAAGGUAUACAAACAAGCAAAUCACAUCAUAUAGCCAGGCAGCUAUCAAAACACUAUGCUCAAAACAUCAUUAGCUCAAAGUUGGUGUUGAAAUACAAAACUAAAUUAAAUAAAUUAAGUAUGCAAAGACCAUGACAAGUAGGAGUAGAAGGAAAAUAGAGCCUAUGCCCUUGGAAAGAAAGGGGCUGCUAUACCGCUGAUAGGUCUAAACCAUUCUGUUGCAUAGGAAUUCACACUAUCAAUCUUAGACAAAAAGACAUGAUGAAAAUGAGGAAAAAGUGGAAUUCACUCAAUGGGCACAAACAAUCCAAGAGCCUUCUGGCAAGUUUCAGAAAGAACGCAUCAAAGGAAGAAACAAAAAACUUUUUCUAACAAGAUUGUUAAUAGGACACUGCAGAGUGAAUCUGCAUCAGCAUUUGAGGAAGAUUGGUAUAAUCCAACAAGGUGCAGAUCCCGUAAUGAAGUGGGAGAAACAACAAUGCAUCUAUUAAUAUAACGUAGCGCUACAUUUUGUGUGCAUGAAGAAGUGUUUUACGGGAAGACAUUCAACCAUGGAAUAAUCAAAUUUCUUGAUGAACUAGAACUCACUGUACUAUAUGACAGAACAGGGAAUACAAUAGCUUUCAAAGGACACAAUAUAUUACAACCGCAUAUUACAUUUACAUCUACAAAACAGUGAGGAGAGGCAGAUUGAGAUGAAAAAAAAGAAUUGCUUAAGUGCAUGAUCAAGUAUUGUUAGGUUUGCAGAAGAAUUCGAACACAAUGUGCCACAAAUUUGGCAAGACAUGCGCUGUGCAAAUGGAGUAGAUUAUCUUUGUAUUCAAGAAAUUUAGUACUACUCAUUAAAAGCAAUUGUAUACAAAAUUGUGGAAAUUAUUAUAACUAUUAUUUCCUUUAGCUAAUGGCAAUCUCCGUAUAUUUAAUGUAGGUUUUAAACGUUGGAAAGUUUUUAUUUAAGCCUUGCUUAGUUGAAAGAUUAUUUCCAAAAUAGAAAAUUGAUCAUAACAUCAAGGAACACAUGAUACGUCAACAACAUUGAAGGGAGGUUUCUCGGUUUUAUUUGUUUUUAGAAAUUGUAGAAUUUGACAUUAUAUCAAUAUAUAAAAACAUUAAAGUUAUAAAAAAAAAUAAUUAAUUAAAUGUUCUAGGUAGUUGACGCUAGGGGCACAUUCACCAGAGCAAGGAUAUAACUUUUAUAUUUCCCAGAGGAGGUUUGAAAGGAUAACAUGUUUGACAAGCCGUGUGCUGCUGAAUUUUUCAAAUGGAGAAAAUAUCCCACACCCCGCUCAAGGAUGCUGGAGGACAUGACAACAAAAAAGGGAUUGAAGAACAAAAUAUUCACAGCCAGGAGAGACUGUUACAAAGGCGAAUGGAAAGACAAUUUGAAAGACGGAUGGGGAUUAUACUUGGCUAACGACAAGAGCAAGUCCCUGUAUGAAGGCCACUGGAAGAAGCAUAAGGCUGAUGGAUUCGGUGUUCAUUCAAUCUGUUUGAAAAACGGCAAAUAUAAAAUUAUGGAAUCGGGUUCUUGGAAAAAUGGAAAGCCAGAUGGAAUGGGGUUUUCCUACAAAAAUGGCAACUACUAUGAAGGUACAUUUGAAAAAGGGAAAAAACAAGGCCAUGGAAGAAUGUGGUACAAAAAUGGCAACUUUUACGAAGGGAAAUGGAAGAAUGACAAGAGACACGGCUUGGGAUUAUUUGUUUUCAGCAAUGGAAACAGGUACGAGGGUGAGUUUUUUGAAGGGAUGAAGCAAGGUGCAGGAGUCCUAUACCAUCUCAAAACUGGACAAGCACAAGAAGGUAUCUGGAUCGAUGACAAUUGCGUCACUAGUCAUAUACGCGACAUCCAGUUUAGACAAGCAGCUAUAAGUCCUACACCAUAUCCAAUUCCAGACGUCGGGUUGCUUAAUUGGGAACAAGUAAUUUCCAAUGAGAGCAAGGCGCAUGCAGAAUAUUUGUUCAACAGGAGUAAAAUAUCUCCACCAGAGGAAGUCGAAUGCAUAGUUCAAAAGAAGUGUAUUUGCCAAAUUGGGAAAAAAUGUGACCGGAACUGGUUAUGAUGGGGAAAAAAUACUACAAAGCAUUUAUUUAUGCUUGGCUUUAAAAAAACCAAUAUUUCAAAAAUGUGCAAUUAGAACAAAUUCUUUGUAGGAUCUAUAUUUAUCCCAAAUAUAUGUUUAGCCUGUGGCAUGAGUA